AUGGCGCUGCAGAAUCAAAGGAAGGCCAAUGUGAGUUGAACUUCAUAUUAUGGCUUACUUUCAUUUGAAUCUGGAAAAUAUUAUCUCUGUUACUGACUUAUUCAUUUAAUUCUACUUUUUCCAACCUUGGGUCUCUCUCAAAUUAAAUCCUUUUCUGUAAAGCUUGUUGUUUGGGAUAUUUGAAUUACAUUUGUCAUUUAAGUAUUUUAUUCUAGCUGUAUCAUUCACGAGGAAACAAGUUUCUCACAAGAUUUUCCUCUCUUUAAGGUUCGAUUACCUCCGGAAGUGAACAGAAUCCUUUAUGUCAGGUAAUAUAAUGAUUUAUGGACAAUUGAUUAAAUCUGCCUUCAUUAUCUGAUGAAUCCAUGUAGCCUUACCCACUUGCAACAAAAUUGUAGCUACGAAGUGGUGGAAAAGAAAUCUUUUAAGUUUAAUUAGAAGAAUUACUCUGUGUAAUGUUUAAUUGCUAUAUAAAAUUCAGUUAUCAGACUUAUACCCAGAAGAUUCUUUCAACACAGGGAAUGACAAUUCAUGGUGUGUUUGUGUCCCUUUUUUGUCACUCCUUUUCUUACUACUGCCACAGGAAGUUUUAUGAAAUCAGUUCGAGAAGGUGAUCAACUCAUAACUUUGUGUAUUUUAUCCCAGGAAUCUUCCUUACAAGAUAACAACAGAGGAGAUGUAUGAUAUAUUUGGAAAAUAUGGAGGAAUCAGACAGAUCAGAGUGUAAGUAACCUACUAUUUUCUGAUCCAAGAAAUAAGUUGUUUGUAUGAAUAAAAAGUUGAUUGAUCAGAGUAUUAAACAGUCUGUUGCUUGUGUAGAAGUUGUCUUGUUUUGGAUGUGUACUUUAUCAUUUUUUCUCUUCUCUCUUUUAGUGGAAAUACACCUGAGACAAGAGGAACAGCAUUUGUUGUAUAUGAGGAUAUUUUUGAUGCCAAAAAUGCCUGCGACCACCUAUCAGGCUUCAAUGUGUGCAACCGCUAUCUAGUUGUUCUUUACUACCAGUCCACAAAGGUCAGUGCACCUUACUGAAAAAGAACUUUAAAUACACUAAAUUUCUUAAAAUGAAUUCCUUUAGACACUGACAAAUACCGGUAGGUCAAUUCCCAAACCAAACCAUCCCACUAUGUUAAACCAAUCUUUGAAAUUAUUUUGCCUCAUAGGCUUUCCAAAAACUGGACAAGGAAAAGAAGAAGCAAGAGCUAGAAAAGAUGAGAGAAAAAUAUGGGAUCAGCAAAGACAAAUGA